AUGUCUUCAGGCGAAGUAUAUACCGCGCCAGCUGGCGAAAGCGCUGGUCAUGUUCCUGCCCCAGUUUCGGGGCUCGAAUUACCUUCUGUGGAUCAGGUAAUCCAAGGCCUGCCCCAAAUAUCUACAUCGUUACCAUCCAGAGAUACGGAGACGAUUGAGUCCGAUGAACAAAAGAAGAUGCUCCUUUCGUUGAAGAGUAUCAUCGAAAAUGCCGAGGGAAUUGCUGAAGCUGGAAGCAGCUUUGAUCUGAAGGAGCUCCACGCAUCCUUGGAGCAAGCAGACGCCGAUGCACGCCGAUGCAAGCGGAAUCUCGAGACUUUGCAGAGCGUUCAUACGACGAUCCAGCGUCUCUGGUCCUGCAAUUCCGGGUAUCUGGCUCAAGCAGCUGAAAUUCUGGCCAACGGAAGUCGUGAUCCAUCAUGGCGCACUCCAUUUGGCCAGUCUGGUAUCUUGACGUUCUUCUUGGAGAUCAUCUCAUCCAAGGAAGAGAUUGAUCCCAAAUUGUUACUCCACUCUUUGCGUCUGGUUGGCAAUUCUUGUGCCGAUACUGAUGAGAACAGGGAGAUUGUCAUUAAAGACAACUACACUUCGGCUAUCAUCAAACACUUCUCGAAUCCGAACUUGACCCAGGUUGCAAUUCCUGUGAUCUACAAUAUCUGCAUGGAUUACGAGCCCGCACACUCUCAAAUGGCUGCCAACAAGACUGCUUAUAUUCUGCUGAAACUGCUCAAAGAUGGUGCCAUGAACGAGAACGAUGCUCUGCUGAGCUUUUCCUACGAUUUGAUUGAGCUGGCUUCUGAACAAGCGCAAGGAGUCGAGGAUUCUCCCAGUGGAACAGUCCUGCUACUCACAGAUCUUGCUCAGGACGAGGGAUUAAGUUUUGAAUUCUUCUCACCCCUGGUCAGCUCUCUCUCCAAGUACCUGGAAAACGAGAGAUUCCAAAACGCCUGCAUUUCAAAUACCUUGGUCGAAAACUUCCUGGCCAUAUUGCGCCGGUCUUUCUCCAUCAAAAUCGACGAAACUUCCGUCGAAGAAACCAAGGCCAUUCUCCAGACACGUCUCAAGAUCAACCAAGCCCUGGCUGAAGUUUCGGCUUCGUCGCUGUUUAUGGAGUACUACCCUCUUGACUCUGCUCUUUCAAAGACAUUGAAGGCCUGGGUUGUUUCUGACGAGGAUCAGCUUCAGAUUUGUGCAUGUGUUAUGCUUGGCAACCUGGCUCGAUCAGACGAAGUCUGUCAAGUGAUGGUGCGAGACCUGAAGAUUCACGAGGAACUCAUCUCUGUUCUUAACAGUGAUGCGCAUGGGGCAGUCCUCCACUCUGCUUUGGGAUUCUUGAAGAAUCUCGCUAUCGCUGGUGACAACCGUGUUAGCCUUGCAGAGGCCGGAAUAAUUCCUGCCGUAUCGCGGUUGUGGGCGUAUGACUCUGUCCCGCAGGUCCAGUUCUCGGCUGCAUCGAUUGCGCGACAGAUUAUUAUUUCUUCCGUUGAGAAUAUUGCUCGUCUGUUGGCACCUCUGUCUCGAGAUCCGAAUUCUCCCGAACAUGGUCGGACAUAUCUCUCUCUGCUUCUGUCUCUAUUUGAGAAAUCAGACUCUGCGCCGAUCCAGACGGAGAUUGGUCGCACUAUUGCUUCUAUUUGCCGGACUAUCAGCCCUAAAGGCCGCGAGGGUGAUGAGCAGGUCGUUUCAAUCUUGGGCAAGCUGUACGAUCUGCAUGAAGGAGUUGCUCGUCCUCUUGGUGCCAUGACUACACAGACCCAAUGGCCUGUUGUUCGAAGUGAAGGAUGGUUUGCUUUGGCUUUGAUGGCGAACACUAAGUCUGGUUGUGUUGCAGUGACCGACUGUCUCCAGAAAGAGGAAGUGAUGGAACUUCUCAAAGCGACACUGAGUGCAGAUCCAUCUAGUAAGAAAGAAUCUGAGGAGCCAAACAGUUCCCAAAUUUCUAAAGAUCGGGAUAACGCUUUUGUCCUUGUACAAGAGUUGUUGAAAAACGAGUCUGGUGCACUUCCUGAAGGUUAUCGGGACACGAUGGAAGAAAUGGUCCGCGAUGCCUCGCAGCGCUUGAAAAUUGCUGCUCAAUAG